AUGGAUUCCCUUGAAUUAUCCAUGAGAAAGCAACAUGAAAUUGCGGAGAUGACGAAACGACAAACCAAGGAGUAUGAAAAGAUGGCUGAGAGAGUAGAUAAGGAGGCGGACAGUAACCGUGUGAAUAGUUUGGAAGUGACAUUAUACAUUGAAGACAUCCUUGUACUUGAAGAUAAGUCAAUCAGCCGUGAAAGGAUGACACAAGCAAAAGCAGAUCUCGCUGCAGCACGUCUUGUUCGUAAGAAUCGGAAAGAGUACGCUCUUCUUGUUGGUAUGAUAGAAGAUCUUCCCUCGCGAGCAGAAACAACGAGGAAACUGGAAGAUAUCCAAGAAGAACUUAUACAUCAACAAGAGCGUCAGCAGCAGCUUGAGGCCAGGUUAUCGGAACGUAGAAACCACCUUCAUGCUCUGAAUAUCAUCCUUGCUAAUUUCCAAAAGUUGCUCUCAGAUGAGGAUAAUGAAUUGUCGAACGAUGCUCCUAAUGAAUUAGGAGAAAAGAAAGAGGAUGGAGAUGACGAUGAUCAUUCAAACAAAGAGCGGUCCAGUGAGACGAUGGAUAUGGGAUAA